UUCUCGCAAAAGUCGACGCCUGUGCGAACGAACCUUUUGACCAGAUUAGGAGAGAACAUAGACACGUUUUACCGUGUUUACUCCAAGAUGGCAGCGAAACACGAGAAGGGUGAAGAUACAAGCUCUUCUGACGAGGAAGAAGCAGGCAAAGAAAUACCUCAGCAUGACGCAGAUUCCAUCGAAGAUCAACAAGAAGUGCGCUUGCUAGACAACACUUCAAGUUGCUUGGAAAAUUCUAAUCAGGACGACGACAACUAUCCACCCCUAGGAUGGACUACAUCCGGACGAAGGAUCCAACAAUGUACAGACGACAUUCCUACUGGGAUUGGAGAUGACGAUGUUUGUACGACUAAUCUUUGCGAAGAAGAAGAAUGCCGUGCUGCACAGGAGAACGAUUAUGUGGACCAACUGACCGAUGAUAUCAACUUAUACUGCAGAUUUUUCGGAGGAGAAAGAACAAUGGCCAAUUCUAACAGCAACGCAAACGGGCAGGACAGGUUUAUGAGCACAAACUGGGAUGAUCUGAUGGCCACAUUUUCUCAAUUUCUGAUAUUGGACCUGGAGGUGGCUGAUGAUACACCUACCUCGCUAACAAGCAGAGUUUUGGCACAAGUCACCUUUGAAAGCCAACAAAUACGUUCCUGGCUUUUGGAUUCAUCAAUUACAGUGGAGAACCACGAUGCGGACCAACUGACCGAAAAUAUCAACAUUUUCAUAAUUCUGCUGAUUAUUUCUUUAUAUUUAAGAUAUUUCUAAUAUUUAAAUAAAUUAAUGCUUUUUCAUGGUCGUGUUCUCUUAAAAUUGAACCAAUACAUUCUUGCAUAACCAAACCAGCAUUGUGUCUCCGAUGCCUUGACAAUGUGUUUAGUUCCAAUUGUAAAAGUCAUUUAUUGUUACAAUAAAAUUGAUUCA